GGAGGAAUUGAAACAUGCACCCUUCGCUGCUCAAACUCUUUAUCCUAUUAUUUCUUAUUUUCUUUUCCCCGGCAUCGUCCUCUGUCACAGCUGCCGCCCCCACUGCUUUACCAAACUGCCUCGACAAAUGCGGGAACAUCACGAUCCCCUAUCCCUUCGGCACGUCCUCGAAUUGCUACCACAACAGCGGCUUCUACAUCGCCUGCAACGCGACCUACGACCCGCCGAGAGCGUUCGUCUCGACCACCAACAUCGAGCUCACCGGCAUCUCCCUUUCCGAUGCCACCGCCACCAUCCUCACUCCGAUAGCCCACGACUGCUACGCCCCGCUCGGCCUCGGCCCCGACAUCAACAACAUCUGGACCGACGUCUCCGGCCUCCCCUACACCUUCUCGCACACGCGCAACAAGUUCACCGCCCUCGGCUGCGACACCGUCGCGCUCAACUUCGAGUACAACGUCCUGGACUACUCCAGCGGGUGCGUCUCGUUCUGCGACGACCAGUCGAGCAUCGCGAACGGCACGUGCUCCGGCAUCGGCUGUUGCCAAACAUCAAUACCCAAAGGGAUGCAUAGAGUGUACACGGUGCUGAGGAGUUUGAGGAACCACACAACGACGUGGAACGUGAGCCCCUGUAGCUACGCGUUCGUGGUGGACCAGGAACAGUUCGUGUUUAAUUUAACGGAUUUGUACGGGUUUUACAGCAAAAAUGAGGGGAAGGUCCCCACGGUGAUGGAUUGGGCCAUUGGGAAUGCCACGUGUCAGCAGGUGAAUGGCACGGAGAAGUUCUCCUGUGGAGCGAAUAGUUACUGCGUCGACAACGACAAUGGGCCGGGUUACAGGUGUAACUGCAAUAGUGGGUACCAAGGAAAUCCUUAUUUAGCCGAUGGGUGCCAAGAUAUCGACGAAUGUGCGGAUCCGGGCACGAGUCCGUGCGCCGGAAUCUGUGAGAACACGCCGGGCAGCUACGCCUGCUCGUGCCCGCAGGGCUACUACGGCGACGGCAAGAAAUCCGGGAGCGGCUGCAUCAACAAGCCCAAGAAAUUCCCCCUCAUCCAAGCUGUUCUUGGUAGUGGAUUGAGCUUCUUGUUCCUCCUAGUGAGCGGCUCGUGGGUGUACUGGAUAUACCGAAAGAGAAAGCUAAUCCAACUCAAGGAGAAGUUCUUCAAGCAGAACGGGGGAUUGCUGCUGCAGCAGCAGAUCGCGUCCCGGGAGGGCGCAGCGGAGUCGGCGGCGCGAAUAUUCACCGCGGAGGAGCUCAAGGCCGCGACCGACGACUACAGCGAGAGCCUCGUGCUUGGCCGCGGCGGCUACGGCACCGUCUACAAGGGCGUCCUCCCCGGCGGCCGCGUCGUCGCCAUCAAGAAGUCGAUGGUCGUCGACCGCACGCAGAUCGAGCAGUUCGUCAACGAGGUCGUCUUGCUCUCCCAAGUCAUUCACAAGAACGUGGUCCGGCUCCUCGGCUGCUGCCUCGAGACCCCCGUGCCGCUGCUCGUCUACGAGUUCGUGUCCAACGGCACGCUGCACCACCACAUCCACGGAGCGCCGUCGUCGCUGUCGUGGGAAACGCGGCUGCGGAUAGCCGCCGAGACCUCUGCUGCGCUGGCUUAUCUUCAUUCUGCCAUCGCGCGCCCUAUCUUCCACCGCGACGUCAAGUCCGCGAACAUCCUGCUCGACAACAACUACAUGGCAAAGGUGGCGGACUUUGGGGCGUCGCGGCUGAUCCCGCUGGACCGGACGCAGAUCACGACGUUGGUGCAGGGGACGUUGGGGUACUUGGACCCGGAGUAUUUCCAGACGGGGCAAUUGACGGAGAAGAGCGACGUGUACAGCUUCGGAGUGGUGCUCGCGGAGCUUCUGACGGGGCAGAAGCCGCUCUCGCAGCGGCGGCCGGAGGAGGAGAGGAAUCUGGCUAUACAUUUCCUGCUGCACAUGCGGGAGAACCGGUUGUUUCGGAUAGUAGAGCCCAGAGUGAGGAGCGAGGGGAGUAGGGAGCAGCUAUCGGCGGUCGCGGAGCUGACGCAGCGGUGUCUGAGGCUGAGAGGGGAGGAGCGGCCCGAGAUGCGGGAGGUGGCGGCGGAGCUCGAGAGGGCGAGGAGGGGGCGGACGGCGACAGAGGACGCGGCGGCGGACGCCGAGGGGGAGACGGAGAGUUCGCUUGGGAGGAGAGGAGAGACCAGGUACUACACUGCGGCGCCUGUGAUGAUCCAUACUACUGGGGACGUGGACUUGGAUGAGCAUAUCCUGUUGUCGCUGGAGAUGCGGAGGUGAUUAAUUGGCUAGUUAAUUACUAUUGGUUGUUUAAUAAUGUGUUGUGUUGUGUUUAGCUAAUUAGGGGAGGGGAUUAAUGCAUAUGGUUGACACUUUUUUCUUUUCUUUCCAUUUUGUAUGUGUAUUUGAAUAAGUUGAAUAGAAAUGCCUAAAUAAGUGUAGUUAAUUUGUAAUGGUUUGUACGGUUUGACUUCAAAUGUACCUAGAUCAAUAAAUUAAGA